AUAGGUUUGCCUGCGUACUGUGCGGAGCAGGCUGGGACAGACCACACAACCAGACGUCAGACACAAGGCACUAGGUUAAAAGGGUGCCAUAAACUGCUGCUUUAUUUAACGUAUUUUGGCAGAACAAGACAGUGACAGGGGCCGUGGUGGGUGCCUGCGUGUGCUGGUGCAAGCUUGGUGCCUGCCGGGAGGUGCCUGCAGUGCCACAAGGGAUAAUAUUGGUAAGAAACCGGCCCACCACUUGUCCAGCCAGCUAAUUUGCACAGUGUGAUGUAACAGGCGGUAACUGUGAUAGUGUUGUUACGUGUCACCCACAACAACAACACAGGGCUGUCAGAUGUAAACAAAGCGGUGGUUUCCUUCCAGCUGGUGAUAAAACUUAUUCUCGCUCUCCCUCGCUCUCCCACGUCACGGAAGCAGUGAUAAGCACACGAGGAGGAAAGCAAUGGCAACCCUCCGAUCCGGCAAGCAAGUUGGCGGCAGCGAUGGCGGUGGCAGUGGUGGUGAGGUGGACGGCAGGGACAGAGGGGCAGUACAGGCUGCGGACAUCAAGGAGAAGAAAUUGAAUUGGGAUGCCUUGCUCAAAAGAAAGUACCUGCUCCCUUUGCACCAAGAAUCAGUACUGAGUUAGAUGUUAGUAAUUUUUCUGAAGAGUUCACUGCAAUGAUACCACAGGAUUCUCCAGCAAUCGUUCCUCCAGAUGUUGAGAAAAUGUUCAAUGGCUACUCCUACGUUGCUCCAUCAAUUCUCUUCACUGACAAUGUCAUCAGCGACAGCAGCAGCCUUUUCAAGAUGUCACCAGACAGAAGACCUUCCACAACCAACCUAUUAUUGGCUUGUAGCUUUAAGGACUCACCAUUUUUCCAAAAAUACGAACUGAAUCUCCGAGAUAAUAUACUCGGAGACGGCAGCUUCAGUGUCUGUCGGGAAUGUGUACAAAAGUCCAGCGGGCAACAACACUUUCCUGUGGAGAUAGUGUCAAGAAGACUAGACUGCCAACAAGAAAUCAAUUUACUCUGGGCUUGCCAAGGACAUUCCAACAUUGUCAACAACCUCCAUGAAGUUUUCCAUGAUGAGGCACACACCUACAUUGUGAUGCAGCUCCUUGGAGGUGGAGAGCUGGCUGCCUCAGAGGAUCAGGAAACACGAGAGGUUCACAGAGGCUCGCCUCGGGCUUCGGUCGUCGUGAGGAACCUGGUGUCAGCAGUUCACUACGUGCACAGGAAAAGCAUCAGUGUUCACGGAGACCUAAAGCCAGACAGGGGUGAAAAGGGUUGGUGUUGAGGAUAGACAGAAAAGAAAAGAAAAGAAAGGAAAGGUAAAAAAAGGAAGUUUUUUUGCAUUGAUUUUCCAUCUGCUUAUUUUAAAGAAUUUAUUGCACGGAAUAUUAUUGAUCUCCAUCAUUUGUAUGGCCUUUAUAAUAAAAAGUAUGAAUUUA